AUGGCCAACAGAGAUAUGUCUGUUAAUCUACCUGUUCUCACAGACAAGAACUGGAGCAGAUGGAGCACACAAAUGCGUAUCUUGUUUCAUGUUCAAGAUGUCAACAGCGUAAUGGAGGGAGCAGUUUCUGCGUCUGAUUUGUGCGGCACUGAGAAAGAGGAGUUUAAGAAGAAAGAUGAUAGAGCCUUGUUGAUUAUUCAUCAGUGUGUGGACGAUAAGCAUUUUGAGAAGAUACAAAAUGUGGCUUCAGCAAGAGAAGCAUGGAACAUCUUGGUGGGCUAUCAUGCUGGAGGGGAAAAAGUGAAGAAAGUAAAGGUUCAGUCGUUGAGGAGACAGUACGAGCACCUACUGAUGGAGGAUGGUGAUAAGGUGAGUGAGUUUUUCAGUAAAACACUCUCAGUUGUUAACCAAAUGAAAAGCUGUGGUAACAUUGUUACUGAUCUCAUGGUGAUUGAGAAAAUCAUGCGGUCACUGCCCUCAACAUUUGAUCAUAUUGUGGUGGCAAUAGAGGAGUUGAGAGACCUUGGAAAACUCAAAAUAGAUGAACUACAAAGCUCUUUGGAGGCGUAUGAAAUCAGGAUGCAUGAAAGAAAUCCCAUCAAACGCGAGGAGCAGGUUUUGAAGGCUCAACAUGUAGAGAAGAAGGCAUUCAAGAAAUGGAAAGGGAAGAAUGGUAAAGGGAAGUGGAGAAAAGAUAGGAACAAAGAUGAUCAUAAUGAGUAUGGGCAUUACGCUACUAAGUGUUAUGCUGAAAAGAAAGAGCAGAAAAAGGAUCAAGGAAAGGAGGCCUAUGCAGCUCAAGUGGAGUCUGAUUCAGAACCAAUCAUAUUGAUGACAACUACAUCUGAA